CCCGCCCGCCGCCACCAUGAGCUGCGCCCUGCUGCUGGGGCUCCGGGGGCCGCGGUUCCUGGGGGCCGCCGCCCGCCCGCCCCGCUGGAGCAGGCGGCGCAGCGCCGGCUGCGAGCCCCCGGCGGGCGCCGCGGUGCGCAUCGGCUGCGCAUCGGGCUUCUGGGGGGACACGGCGGCCGCAGUGCCGCAGCUGCUGUACGGAGGGAAGCUGGAUUUCCUCGUCUUCGAUUACCUCUCCGAGAUCACCAUGUCGUUGCUGACGGCCGCCAAAGCCCGGUCUCCCGUUUUAGGUUACACUCCGGAUUUUGUCUCUGCUGCCAUGGCUCCCUAUAUAAAAGAUAUUCACAGGAAAGGUGUUCGUGUCAUUAGUAAUGCUGGUGGAAUUAAUCCACUUGCUUGUGCGGCUGCCCUUCAGGAGGUGGCAAAGAAAGCAGAUGUUGAUUUGAAAAUAGCUGUUGUCGCUGGAGAUGACCUAAUGAGUGAGAAAGAGAACCUAAAAGGAGCUGGUAUCACUGAUCUGGAGAGCGGCAAACAAUUUCCAGAGAGCGUUCAUAGCAUGAAUGUGUAUCUUGGCGCAAGACCGAUAAGCAGGGCUCUUGACCUUGGAGCUGAUAUUGUUGUGACGGGUAGAUGCGUUGACAGUGGGAUUGUAUUAGGACCACUCAUUCAUUCUUUUGGCUGGAAUAGGGAUGAAUUUGACUUGCUAGCUGCGGGAAGCCUUGCAGGUCAUCUCAUUGAAUGUGGUGCUCAAUGUACAGGUGGAAUAUUCACUGAUUGGCAUGCAGUACCAGACUGGCACAACAUAGGCUUUCCCAUUGUAGAAUGUUCCUCUGAAGGAGACUUUAUUCUUUCCAAACCACCAGACACAGGGGGACUAAUCUCCUUUGGCACUGUAGCUGAACAGUUGGUGUAUGAAUUGGGCAAUCCUCAGCGCUAUCUUUUACCAGAUGUCACAUGUGACUUUUCCAAAGUUUCCAUCACUGAAAUUCCAGGUUUUGAUGGUGGGGCAGUGAAAGUUCAUGGAGCAAAAGGAUCACCUCCUUCAACGUUUUAUAAGGUAAAUGCUACUUACGUUGAUGGCUUCAGAGCUACUGCUGUCUGUCCAGUGGGAGGUCCAAAGGCAGUACAAAAAGGAAAACGCACUGCGGAAAGUAUUCUGCAAAGGACUCGCCUUAUUUUCAGUCAGCUUGGGUAUGAAGAUUACAGUGCAGUUAACAUACAGGUUUUAGGGUCUGAAGAUACAUAUGGACCUCAUGCUAGAAGGAGUAUAGAUGGUCAGGGUCCUCGGGAAGCUGUUAUUUGGCUUGCUGUACACCAUAAGCAAAAAGAAGCUGUAGAAAUCUUCUCCAGAGAGAUUGCACCAGCUGGAACUGGCAUGGCACCUGGCCUCACUGGAAUUGUUGGAGGGCGCCCCAGAGUGUCUCCAGUUUUGAAGCCAUUUUUCUUCUAUUAUCCCAAAAGCAAUGUUCAGAUCAACCUAUUUUUAAAUGGGCAGCACGUUGAGACAUUUGAGGAGGAUCUCACGUUUACAUCAGAUGAGGUUGUUUCAUUUGAUCCACCUGAGAUUAGCAGUGAAUUGAAAGAUCUGCCAAGCGGUCCACACACUUAUCGCUUAGAAGAUCUUGCCUAUACUAGAAGUGGAGACAAAGGCAACUCUGCAAACAUAGGUGUGAUAGCACGGCAUCCCCUCUACUAUCCAUACCUAAAGAAAACUUUAACUGCUCAAGCCCUGGAGAAUUACUUCCAACACCUUUUAGAGCAAGAAAAACCUGAAGAAGAACUAGUAACAAGCCUAAGCAACAGCCAUUGAAAAAGAACAUGAACUUGGGCCUCUCCUGAAGCUGGACAAAGGCAGUGAAUCUCUUUAGUGAAGGCAUUUAAAUUCCCAGAAAUAGCAUAUUAGUGUUGGGGCUAUUUCUUUGUUUUGUUCCAGUACAGAAUGUCUACAAAAUAGAAAUAACUUCUAAUGUCCUUUGAGAAAUGUAUCUCUCCAUUGGUUUUGAACCAUUUGGAGACUGCAGGAGCCUUAGUAACUGAAGCUUCCCAAGCCUCAGAGCCACUGCAGAGUUGGGAGAAACACCACCUGAAAGACAUUCACGCAGCCAGUAUAGACUGGAACCCAAACUUACCUGAUCAGCCAUCACAAACGCCUCGUCCUAACCCUCUCUCUGCACAACAUUUUAAUCUUUAUGAAGUUCACUCACUUUAGCGAAAGUAUUCCUUUGAGUACCCCACUCUCACCUACUUUUUUGCCAUAUAUACCAAGCCAGAAUUUAAAGAAAAAAACCCAGCUAAUUUCCCUUUUUAAAAUAUGACAGAGAAUACAUCCUAAACAGGACACUUUCACCUGGUAUUCAUCUACAAAAGAAUAUCCUCUGCCAGCAGACAGCAUAUGUAACAUUUUUGUUUUCGUGGUAUCUUCGGCUGAUGCUCAGGGUCUUUCCUGGGGACUGGCAAAUGAGACAUAUACUGUUCUUGUUGCAUGAGGUAAUAGGGCUCAUUCUCUUAAGGGUGUCCAAUAAAACAAUCAACAGAUUUUAAACCUUUUUCUCUCUUUAAAAACAAACAAAAGCUCAAUAUUGCAACAAACCAUUCAGUCUUCUAAAACCUGUUUUGAUACAGAGUCAAUUAUUCUGCAAAUAGGGAGAUUCUGCCAAAAUCAUUAUAUAUUGCCACGGGUAAUGGAUAAACUGUUAAGUGUCUUUUUGCUUCUUUAAAGAGCUGGAGUCAGAAAGGUGCAGCUCAAAGCUCAGAGAGAGGUUGGAGUUAUUUUAACCCCCCAUCUUUGAGUUGUAAGUGCUGUUCCUUGUCUUCACAAGCAGCUCAGUGCAGAUCUCGCCCAUUGUUUCGUAAGUGCUAACAAAUCUAUGUAUCUAAUAAAUUGUGAUACCAAGAAAUGUAACUGAAUUUCCUGUGAAACAGAGCAGAGAAGGGAAGAAAUCAAAAAUGUCACGCCUCCUAAUGAUACUUUUAGAAAUUGAUUCAUUGUUGUUCCUUAAUGCUGUUUACGUUCAAAAAUAAAAGUUGAAAUUUGCUGUGUCUGGAUGAAGCCAAUUUAUUUUCAUUAAUUAGAUUAUCUGUUCCUGGGUUUGGCUUCCUUUAAUGAUGUGAUAAUGGAGCUCUGUGAGUGAAUUGAAAAACUACUGGGGAAAAAGAAUAAAUCCUUUUGUGGAAAUAGUUAGGAUUAUAAGGAUUAUGCUCAUGUGCUUCAGAUUGUAUAGUUUCUUUUUAAAUUACUUUGUUUAUUUUUUAGUUUUAACUGUCACAAAGAAAGCUAUCUUACUCUUUCAUUUUCCUUCAUUUCCUUUAUUUAAAUUGUGAGUGGCUAAAAAAUAUGUAUUAGUUUUGCUACUAAAAACAUACCAACCAUGGCUCUGCCUCACAACAGAAUAGAGAUUGUCAGCCAAUUGCCUUUCAUUCUUUUUCAUUAACGCUAUUAAAUAGGUGUACUAAACAGAGAAAAGGUGGGAUUAUUUUGAUAGGGAACACUGAAAACUCAUAAACUUCCAGAUUUUCAGGUAACAUAGUAACAAAAGAUGAUCUUUCAAACCCCCCCAUACUCUAAACCCCAAACCUAUGUGAUUGCUUCCCCCUGCUGUGUAGAGUACAUUCUUAACAGAUCUGAUAACCUUAAGACAUGGAGUAAGAAACUUUUCAUUUCGUGGCAUUAGGUCAGUCAUUUAAGAACAAUAAUAAAAUGAUCUUGUGAGAAUUUGCUGGUUUCAUCUUCUGAAAUACGGUUGUCUUCUCUAUGUUUUGAGAGCAUCCCAAUGCUCAGAAAUAAAAAUAUGAAAGCUGAUUUCUUCUUAUGGGAUAUUUUUACUAAGAGCUGAAGUACAAGAAAUGUGGAUACUGAUGCUUCUAGAUUGCUUUUUUUGUUCAUAUAUUUAUUAUGGGGGAAAAAAAAUACUUAUCUCCAGUAUAUCUCAUGCAAACACCUCUAAGCCUAUGGACUCAGUUCCUGCUUUCCUGUGAUGGGAGGAAUCCUAUCUUUUCUUUGAUUUACAUGCAUUAAAUAAUUUCUAUGCCAUUAUUAUUUCCAUGUAUUUUAACAGGAAAUCCACAGGGAAACCUGACUACUUUGAAUAGGUAUGGACAGCACUUUAAAGGAAGUAGUUAAGCAGGCACCCCAUUGUGCAUAAGCAUAGGAGUUCAGCUAGAACAGUGAAUUUUCCUUGUUUUACUGGGUUCUGUCACAGACUUAGUAUUCUUUGAAGGGUUUAUUUGUUUUCUGUGCUUUUUGAAAGCAGCUCUUAAAACUUUUGAUUGAAUUGUACAAUUAGAUAAUAUUUUCUUCCUUUAGAUCUCAGUUAAUUAAACUUAAAUUGUUUAUUUAUGCUGGGUAAAUGCAUGCCAACGUUUUGGUUAAUGUAUUGUUGCUGCUCAAGACUAUUAUGAUGGUUAUAGUGGUUUUUCUUCUUUUAUUGUGGGAGUGUGUUUUUUGUGUGGAAAUAUUUUGGAUGCUCAGAUGCUUCAAACAGGCCUUAAAAUAUUGAAAAUGCUGACCUUUGUAUAUUAUUUGUAAUACUAGUUUUAGCUAGGGUAUUUCACUGUGAAUAUUUCCUCAAAAUACUUGAAGUGAAUGUGCCAUUCUGUAACAUUCCAAAUUAAGAUCUGUUGCUUGUAUUACAUACUCCCUCUGCCAGAAUUACUGUAGAAAGUGAAAUGAAAUUCUUCCACUCUUUUUGUCACUUGCUUCUGCUUUUGUACACGCUUCAAUUUCUCUCCUGAUUUGUUUAAAUGAUUAAGAAGUCAUGAAAAUUCUUUUGAGAGCUGAGGUAUUAGCUUCUGGAAUACAUAUUCCAUUAGUCUAGUUCCUGUGGAUAGAUCUGCCAAUUGUGAAAUUGCUUGCUGCCUGGAAGUUAUUGCCAGUUUUUCAGAGUAAAAUUUACAGUGUAGUGUUUUGGUAGUCCUCUAGCUCUCAUGGUAUAUGGUUAUUGGUAAUUUGUAUUGAGUUUUUUAGUUGAAAAUUUUGUGGGGUCCUCUGAUACCCCUAUGUAGUUGAUUAUGCUAUUAGAUUUAGUAAAUUAUGUAGGUGACAUUGUGGAAAUUGCUUUAUUCUUCAUAUUCCUGUUGUCUAGUGGAGCACGGUUGGAUUAAUUGAACUUUCAUGCCUUCCCAAUGGAUUUGCCUUCAAGCAUGAUAAUGUUGCCUGGCAAGUAGUUUUCAAGGAAGGUCCACAGAAUGCUAACACUAGUUUUUGUCUUAAUAACAACUAAUAAUGUUAAUACUAAACUAGAGUGUGGUAAUGAAAGAGUAGAAGGAACAGUGAAAACUCAUUGCCUGGGAGACAGGCACAGACACUUCAUGACUACUGCUUGCAAGAACAUAACGAGAACUAAAGUGUUUGCCGGGCCGCUCAACAGAAUCAUCUCCUUCCAUGAAAGGUUUGGGUCGUAUGCCCAAGACACAAGGGCAUACAGAGACGUGAACGUCAGCAACAGCCAUAAUUUUCACAAUUCUAAGAAGGAGCUGAAAAAGAUAAACCUCAGAGUGGGAAAAUCAGCAGUACAAGAGCACUGCAAGAAAUUCCACCUAUUUCAGAGGACAGAUUUGAAGAAUCUGUCCCAAACAAAUGAAGAUCAGAUAGGUGAUGACUAAAGAAAAAGAGGUGGUGUUGGAGGAAUUGUGAUUUCAACUGCAGCAGUCAAACAUCUGAAGACAGAGGAAGAACUGGUUAUUGUCUUUCUCUGUUAUUCCUCAUGUCUUGCUGAUUUUCUGAUUAAAUCCUUUCCUAUGGCAAAAAGGAAAGCUAUCGAGUUCUUAGACAAAAUAUUGGAGGAAAGCAAAAACAAAGAAGAAUACAAGGAAGAUGACAAAACACUGAAAAACUGUGCAAGGAGAGGCAAAUGGAAAUAUGCUGUAGACCUAUUUAUGGAAUUUGAAACAACUUUGUUAGGAAACCACAGAGCCAUUUGCCAAACUUCUACAAAAGUUUCCAAAUUGGAACUGCACCAGUCAAAAGCAAAGAUGGAAAAAUGCUUACAGUGGCAGUGGAACAGAAAAAUAGGUCUGUCGCACUAAAAUAAAAUUUUAUCUGAACGAAGUACAUGGCUCCAAGAAGGCGUUGAAAUGUAGCUCUACUUUUCAUUUGUUGUAAAAUUAUCUGUAGUUGGUCAUAAGAGUUUGAUCUAGUGACUCACAGUUACUUCUCAGUAAUAAAGAGGAUGCCUUCCCAAUUAGCUGGUGGCCUUUGUUAGCAAAAGUGUGUUCCAGGAAUUAAGUGAUUGUAUUUUUCAGUAUCAGAACUAGGAAAUAUUAAAAAUACUUCUCUCUGCCCACUGUGUUCUCUGGGUUCAUACUGGACCUUGAACCUCUUGCCUACAGAGCUUUCUAUGUGGGCUUUAACUCAUUAAAAAAACUAAUGCAGAAAACAACCUCAUUAGAAAUGAAUGAGUUUUGAAGUUGAGUAAGAGGAGAAUAAUUACUUUAUGGUCCUGCUUUAAAACUAUUAUGGACUGUUGAUAUGGAGUAAGGGGAAAGAACAAGAAGGCAGGGAAGGCCGUGGGUUAAUCUUCAGUUAACUUUUAGGCUUGACUCAGUAGUGGGAUGCCAUCAGAAGCAUGAAAUUUUUCCACUCUGUCUUUUGCUUGAUGUUCUGUACAAGUGUUUCUUACAAAAUCUCCUGAGAAACAAUAUUAAGAUUUUAUUUUACAGAUACGAAUUGCCAGGAAUCCAUGGAUUAAAUUUUGUUCUGAAGAACUCCCUUGGUGGUGGUGG